UUGAAACUCUUUUUAUUUAUUUAAAAUAAAAUUCUUUAAUAUUUAAAGUUCCGAAAUAAAAUAGUAAUUGGUUUUGUGUUAUUUAUAUUUUACCAAAUCUAAUUAAUGCUUCACACUGUGGUAGGCACUCGUGUUAUUAAUGCGUCCAUUGUGAUAGAAAUUAAACUAUUAUGUUGAAAAGAAGUCUAAGUUGUACGUUAAACAACAGCUGCAGUAGUAACUUUGUGUUAAAAAACAACCAUUUGAGAUGGCUACUCGUCAGAAAUUUGUCUCGACUGACAGAAAAACAAGAGGAGCUAAUGAGAAAAAAGCUACCGAAAAAGAAGCCAAUCAAAGGAGUAGGUCAUAUUAUUCUAGUGGCGUCCGGUAAAGGAGGUGUUGGCAAGUCGACAGUUUCCGUAAACUUAGCGACGGCUCUAAAAAGUAUAGCACCCGAAAAAGAAGUCGGUUUAUUAGAUGCGGACGUUUUUGGUCCAUCAGUACCUCUUAUGAUGAAUUUACAUGAAACGCCACUACUCGAUGACGAUAACUUAAUGGUUCCUCUCGUCAACUACGGCGUGAAAUGUAUGUCCAUGGGUAACCUGAUGACGAAUAACUCGGCAGCAAUCUGGAGAGGGCUGAUGGUAAUGGCCGCUAUUGACAAAUUGAUCAGAGGCGUUAACUGGGACAGAACAGACUAUUUGAUUGUGGACACACCACCCGGAACUGGAGAUACGCAUCUGUCCCUGGCCCAAAAUUUACCAAUUGACGGUGUUGUGAUCGUCACUACCGGUCAAAAAGCUGCAGUCGACGUAACCAAAAGAGGUAUAACAAUGUUCAAAAAAUUAAACUUACCUAUUGUCGGGCUGGUGCAAAAUAUGAGUGGUGUAAAAUGCUCAAAUUGUUCUCACAUAAACCAAAUAUUUGGCAACACCAUCCAAGAAGUAGCAACUAAUGAAGGAAUUAAUUCAUUAUUUUCCAUUCCAAUGGAACAAUCUAUAACUGAAGGAUGCGAUACCGGUCAGCCCGUUGUUAUAUCUCACCCUGAAUCAUCACAAGCUACGAUUUUCAAUAACUUGGCGCGACAUGUGAUAGAAUUUUUGAAAAAAUCUAGCUCGAACAAAAUAGUAACGUCAUUUUAAAUUUCAUAUAAUUAACGGAUACUACACAUUUUGGAAAUUUUUUUUCAUGUUAUUAAUUGUGUCAGUUAAGUAUGCAGUUUAUAAAAAAAACAAUCUCGAUGUUUAAAUAUGUAUUUAGUUGUGUGCUGUUUUGGUUCUGUUUAUGUCACUUUUUUGUAUUUUACUUAAAUAUUAGAUUA